CCCCUCCUGUCAUUUUGAUAUUGUCUUGUCUUGUUUCUAAUUUCUAACCUUUUUCCUUUUGAAAUAUAUUAUGCCAUACAAGCGUAAAAAAUACCAUGUCGGUGAUACUCAUCUGAAAAAGCGUUGGCGCGUGCGUAACAGAAAGAAAGACCUUGACGAAAUUGAUGUGGAUCUAAAAGAUGAAAAUGCUGAGAAAUUACUAAAUCAGGACGUUAAUUUGGAUGUUGCGGGUGCUGCACAGCACUACUGUCUUCACUGCGCCCGCUAUUUUAUUGACGAUAGAGCGCUGACAGAACAUUUCAGAACUAAAGUUCAUAAAAGGAGGUUAAAGGCUUUAGAAUUGGAACCUUAUAGUAUUGAGGAGUCUGAACGAGCCGCGGGCCUCGGAAACUUUAAGCUCCCCACUAAGCGAAAAAUCGUCACUCAGAAUAAUGAUAAGCAGGACAUCACUGACAGAGAUGAAGAGGUUUUAGAAGAAAACACAAACAAGAAAAAGAAAACAGAAGAAAAUGAUGUGUAA